GCUCCAGCGGGAGGAGGUGUGUGUGGUCUGGACAGCAGCCCAUGAAACACUCGCUGUUCGCCUCAAAAACCACUGAAGACAUAUCAAAUAUUCCUUUGCCAGCUUUCUGUUCGCGGUUUAACUUAUUUUGGACCGUAUCAUCGCUUCGGACACCCCAUGAAAGUUUUCCUGAAGGCAUUUAGAGAAGGAAAUGCAUCUAAACGUGAAUGUGGAGUAUUACCUCGCUAUUAUAUUUAUUGUUGUAAAAGCUGUCAGCUGUCAGAAAGCGGACCCCCCUGAAUGCAGUCGAGGAGGCCAUACUGUUCUUCAGAGCCCGUACAGGAGCACCAGCUUCGGCUCACAGCAGCUGCUCCAGUCUGCCCUGCAGGAGCUCAUUUGUGAUCAUUCACUCUCUCCCGGAUGGUAUCAGUUCCAGAUCUUUGAUAAGCCGGCCCGUAUGCCCACCAAAUGUGUGGAGGUGAAUCAAUGUGGAACACAAGCCCCAGUGUGGCUUUCUCUGGCCGAUGGAGAGUCUCUGCCAGGCCCUCUAGAGGUGAAGCAGAUGACGGCCUGUGCAACCUGGCAGUUUCUGGGAAGCGGCAAUAAAGACUGUUGCCUUUUUCGCUUGCCUGUCACCGUACGCAACUGUGGGAACUUCUAUGUGUACUUGCUCCAACCAACACAAGGAUGCAUGGGAUAUUGUGCUGAAGAGAUAUCAGAUGCCAGUCAAACUGACUGUGAUGGCAAACAAAGGAAUAGUGAUGGAACCUGCAGUGAUCUGGAGCCCCCAUCUGCUGCUGUACCAUUAAUAGUAUCUGAGCUUUUGGGCAGCAGUGUGUACCUGAAGUGUACAUUUGCUGACACUAAUGCAACCAGCUCUAUGGGAUAUAUUGUGACUUGGUGGCGACUCUCUCCCGAGGACAACAGAGAAGAGCUCAGGAAAGACACUACAAUAGAAACCUUCGCUUUCAUUGAGCUGGAUGGCAUCAACCUGCGACUGGGAGACAGAAUCCAUUGUAGUUGCAUUAGCUUUAUUCUGGAGUCUCCCGAUAUACAGAGCCUUCCAGUGGAGAGUGACGAGUUUUAUGCAGGAAUUCAGAUGAAGCCACAAUCCGUCUUUAUUUCGGAAGAUGGAAGAGAGUAUAAACUGAUGGUGGAGAGCACUGUGCCUUUACCAUGCUCCUCGGAGAGAUGUGUUUUACCUUUGCAUCUUACUACAAGUAGUCAAGGUGAGAAAGAGCUGGGUGUUGAUUUAGCUCUGUCCUCCUGUGAAGUCGAGCUUUCUCAAAUCCCAUGUAAUGAAGGAGUGUGUAGCCGAGCAUCUGUGCUCUACAGCGCAGUGACAGAUAUAUGGAGGGAUGGAAACAGAAGCACUGAAAUACACAUCAAACCCAUAAUCAGCACCAACUUCCUGUGGAAUGGAUACACUCCUCAAAGUGUGCAGAUUCUUGUGCAGGACGUCCCAUCUGCUCACUGUUACACUUUUACGGAUCCUCAUAUCAUCACAUUUGACGGCAGGAGGUAUGAUAACUAUCAGAUCGGCACAUUUGUGCUGUACCGAAGCACCGCUCGGCCAUUUGAGGUGCAUGUUCGGCAGUGGGAAUGUGCGGGCAUGACUGCUCAUCCCACCUCAUGCGUCUGUGGCUUGGCUGUCAGAGAUGGACCACAUGUCAUCACGUAUGACAUGUGUAACGGACUGGCAGGAGAAACAAAACCACGAUUCUCAGUGAAGAACGGAGACCUGGAAGAAAGUGGCAUCCGUGUCUCUGAGUCCUACCAGGGCCGCAAAAUCACUGUUACGUUCUUGUCUGGGGCUUUUGUGCGUGCGGAUGUGGCUGACUGGGGAAUGAGUGUGACUGUACGGGCUCCGGGCUCUGAUAGAGGACACACUAAAGGACUGUGUGGAACCUUUGAUGGACAGCCGAUGAAUGACUACCAUACAAAGGGUGGAGAGACUGUGGAGGACAGCAGAUCUUUUAUUAAUGCAUGGAGGUUGGCCCCCAGAACGAGCUUGUUUGACAAAAUCCCGAUCAAUGAAAGCAACUCCAGUCUCUAUAAUUACUGCCAAUGUCAACAAGAGAAACACCAAACAUCCAACUCUUCCUCAAAGUGUUCAUUAUUCACCCGCAUCCGCUCUUCCUCCAUCAUCCCUACAAUGGAUGUCACAUCCCAAUACAUCAGAACUACUCACAGCAGGCCCGUCCAACACCGUCCGUCCCAGGGAAGCAGAUACCAAAUCCACAGACGCAUCACAAAUCCCCAAAGACCCCACAAUCAAAGACGUGUCGUAAACCCAAACAGAUCUCAAAGACGUCAGAAACGCCAGAGCCAUCGGUUUCACUCUAGAUCUUCUUCAAACCUCCUGGAGUCUGCAUAUAAUUUCCCAGAAGACCAUUCUUCGUGGGUUUCUCCUGAUGUGCUGGUGUUUUCCUGGCCUACUGAAUCAGGUCUGACUGAACGUGAGGCUCGGAGGCUCUGCGAGGGCACUUUGAAGAACUCCACGGUUGGUUCUGGCUGCUGGCAUCUGCUGGGUGAGGUGAUGGAGCCGGCGGUGGAGAUGUGUGUGGUCGACCUGCAGCUUAAAGACGACCAGGGCUGGGUUGGAGCCACUGUAGCGCUGCUGGAGAAUGAAUGCGAGAGGAGGCUGCUGGAGGAGGUCGACUGGAGGAAAGAGAACCGGGAUGUUCUGGUUUCACUGAAGUGUCCCAGUCUGUGUAGCGGGAAUGGACAGUGCACAGAUUGGGGAUGCUCAUGCUUCCCUGGGUUUGGAUCUUUUGAUUGCAGCCAAAUGUCUGAUGAGACUCCAGAGAUUACCGAAUUGGAGAAUGGAGGACUUUGUGAUGUCCAAUACGGAGUCUGUUCAUCUGUUAAAGUUUUUGGUCAAGGAUUUAAAAAGACCUACAAGCUCAAGUGUGAAGUUGUGAAGGAAAAGAUAAUAGAUGGCGAAUGGUCUUUAGAUGAUGCCCGACUAGUGCCAGCCUCUUUCCAGAGUUCAUCAGCAUUAGAGUGCCAGAUCCCUGCAGAUCCCUCCACCGCUGCACACCAACCAGUCCUACGCUGGCAAAUCAAGGUGUCUAAUGAUGGACACAGCUUCAGCAAUGCAAAGAUUUUGACUCUUUUUGAUGGGACGUGUCAGAUUUGCACAGUCAGCUCCUUGGUUAUCUGCACUCUAAAGAACAGAACGUGUAGUAUUGACGGAGCGUGUUUUGGAGAGGGGGAUCACAGUCCAAACAGCCCGUGUUUGACGUGCAGACCGGAUCUUUCCAAAUACAGCUGGUCCAUCGCUGAGAAGAACGAGCCACCUGUGUUUCACCCGGGUCAGUCCACUCUGAAGGCUUUCUCCGGAGAGGAUUUCGUCUAUCAGUUUUCAGCCACUGAUCCGGAGGGUUCUGCGGUUUUCUUCACGCUCCGCUCAGGGCCCAGAGAUGCGCUUCUCUCUCCAGCUGGUCUGCUCAUCUGGAAAGCUCUGUCCAGCACACCGGUGACCUUCGACCUGGCUGUAACUGAUGAUUGUAAUGCUGUGACACAAGCAGCAGUGAAGGUGUCAGUUGACCCAUGUGACUGUCAGAAUGGAGCGUCCUGUGUGACCAACAUGAACUUCCCCCCGGGGUCUGGUGAAUACCUGUGUGUUUGUCCUGCUGGUCUGGAGGGGCUCAGGUGUGAAGCUGAUGUGGAUGACUGCAGGUCAAACCCAUGUCUCUCAGGAACGUGUGUGGACGCAUUAAACUCCUUCACCUGCCAGUGUCCAGAGGGCUUUACAGGUGUGAUCUGCGAUGAGGAUGUUGAUGAAUGUUUAUCAGCUCCAUGUUACUCUGGGGUUUCCUGCAGAAACACGGUGGGCUCGUUUGUGUGUGGACCCUGUCCUGACCAACUCAUUGGAGACGGGAUGACCUGCAAACAAAAGACAGUGGACAAAAUUAAUGAAGGCACACAUGAAAUCACCUUAGAAAGUGUGGUUAAACUUGGUUCCUUCAAACCCAAGCUUAUACCAGGCCAGAGCCCAUGUACCAGUCGGCCCUGUUACCCUGGAGUCCAGUGUUUCGAGAGCACAUACACCUCUGCUGGAUACAUUUGUGGUCCGUGUCCACCUGGACUCAACGGCAAUGGACAAACAUGCAUGUCAAGGACAGCAAACAGGCAGACACCAUUAAAGGAGGACAGCAAGCUCUCUGAUGUUACUUCCUCUUUGGCCACGCCUUCUUCCACCAGAAAGUCAGCUGAAUUUCCUGUUGAAGUGGACAGAUCUUCUGCCAGCAGCAGGUGGAGCUCACCUGUUGAUAGAAGGACCAUCACAAUCUUAGACCGGAGCACCACAAAAGCUAAAGAGAGUUCAACCAGAAAACAGUCAUACGAAGAGGAGUUAAACCCUAAAGACAACCGAACGUGUGUGGAUUCACCCUGUUUCUCUGGUGUAGCGUGUGAAGACACUUCCUCUGGCUCCUUCAGAUGUGGAGACUGUCCAAAUGGAUAUGAAGGAAACGGAAUAACCUGCAAACCAACAUGCCGUUAUCCUUGCGGUCAGAAUAUGGAGUGCUCACAGCCAAACACGUGUACCUGUAAAGAGGGUUACACUGGAUACAACUGCCAUAUCGCCGUGUGUCGACCAGACUGCAAAAACAAAGGGAAGUGUGUGAAGCCCAAGGUAUGUGAAUGUCCUUCAGGAUACAGCGGACAAACCUGUGAGGAAGCCAUCUGUGAUCCGCCUUGUCAACAUGGUGGCCGAUGUUUGUCCAGAAAUCACUGCACUUGUCCAUAUGGCUACGUGGGACCAAGAUGUGAAACUAUGGUGUGCAACAGACAUUGUGAAAAUGGUGGACAGUGUGUGUCUCCUGAUGUCUGCAAGUGUAAACCUGGCUGGUAUGGACCAACAUGCAAUUCGGCCGACUGUAAGCCAGUGUGUUUAAACGGAGGGACAUGUAUCAAACCAAACGUCUGUGUUUGUCCCAGUGGCUUCUAUGGUUCACAAUGCCAGAUAGCUCUAUGCAAUCCACCAUGUAAAAACAGAGGCCAGUGUAUGAGAAACAACGUGUGCUCCUGUCCUGAAGGAUACACUGGAAAGAGAUGCCAGAAAAGUGUGUGUGACCCCAUGUGCUUGAACAACGGGAAGUGUGUUGGUCCAAACACCUGUUCCUGUCCAUCUGGAUGGAGAGGAGGGAUUUGCAACAUUCCGGUGUGUUUACAGAAAUGCAGAAAUGGUGGAGAGUGUGUGGGGCCGAACACCUGCCACUGUCCUGCUGGAUGGGAGGGUUUGCAGUGCCAAACUCCGAUCUGUAAGCAAACAUGCCUGAAUGGAGGCAGAUGUGUGUUCCCCAAUUUCUGCCAUUGCCGUCAAGGUUACACUGGACCUUCCUGUGGUACUAAAACCAGGUGAUGAAGACGUGACAUUGAAGAGAUAUAUAUAUAAGAAAUUGAAAUGCUGUUUAUGAGUAAAUGCUGUUGUGUGUGAAAGUAUUAGCACCCUAAAAGUGAUGGAAAGCUUAUUUUUAGGUUUUGUACCUUAGAUUACAGUAUUUCAUGAGUAAUGAAUAUGUAUGUUGGUUUUUAAAGGUCACAUAGCUCUGAAAAUGAAUGCUUUUUUGUUUGUUUGUUUAGAGUGCCUUUUCUC